AUGCGUCAGCAAAGCGGCAGCAGUGCUAUUCGUUCUCAGGUAAAGGCUGUUUCCUCGCCAAAGAAUAAAACCAACAUGGAGGACCUAGCUGUGGAAGUAUGCGGCGAAAAUGGAGCCCUUUAUAAGGGCUUUAUUUUGGACGUCUAUGAUGAUGAAGUUCUUAUUCAUUUUGAAGAUGAGUGGCAACCAGAUUCCAAGUUUCCCUACUCACAAGUUAAACUUCCUCCACAGCCUGAUCCAAAGGUAGAGUUUCUAGAAAACAUGGAAGUAGAAGUUUAUUCAAGAGCUAAUACUACAGAGGCUUAUGGCUGGUGGAAAUCAAGAAUCAAGAUGAUGAAGGGAGACUUUUACGUGCUAGAAUAUGUGGGUUGGGACACGACUUACACGGAAAUCGUAAGCAACGAUCGUCUGCGUUUGAAGAACAACAACCCGCCAAUCGAGCGUAGCAUGUUCCACAAAUUUGAAAUCGAAGUUCCUGAAGAUGUUCGCGAAUACGCCAAGAUUGAAAAUGCUCAUAAAGGUUUCCAGAAGCUCAUCAACGCCGGCUUGAUCACUUACAACGCCGAAAAGGCUACCCUAUUAGUGAUAUCGACGUGCGAGGGUAGCCGCAAGCACGCCAAGCUGCUGCAAGACAUGCAUUUUAGGAGCCUUUCUCAAAAAGUACUGCUGCUAAAGCGAACCGAAGAGGCGGCCAGGCAGCUCGAAAAUACGAAAUUAGCGUCCAUAGGAGGAUUUUCUGAUGAAUUCAAUGUUAGGGAAGAUCUAAUGGGCUUAGCAAUUGGUGCUCACGGUGCCAAUAUUCAGCAAGCUAGAAAAGUAGACGGUGUAACGAACAUUGAGUUGGAGGAGAAUUCUUGUACUUUUAAAAUUUACGGAGAGACUGAUGAGGCUGUUAAAAAAGCGCGUUCGAUGUUAGAAUAUAGCGAGGAAUCCCUUCAAGUGCCAAGAGCGCUGGUGGGCAAGGUGAUCGGCAAAAACGGACGGAUCAUCCAGGAGAUCGUCGACAAAAGUGGAGUGGUUCGAGUGAAAAUCGAGGGCGACAACGAGCCUAAACCAACGAUCCCGAGGGAAGAAGGACAGGUUCCUUUCGUCUUCGUCGGGACCGUAGAGAGUAUAUCCAAUGCAAAGGUUUUACUGCAGUAUCAUCUUGCGCACUUGAAGGAAGUUGAGCAGUUGAGACAGGAAAAGUUGGAGAUUGAUCAGCAGCUGCGCAGCAUCCACGGCACCGGCAUGGGCUCGAUGCAGAGCCUGUCUAUGGGCAGGCGAAACGACCGAGGCUACAGUUCGGACAUGGACGGAGGGCCGAGAUCGUCGCGCGGCGGCGGCAUGCGCGGGCGCGGUUCCGGCCGCGGCAGAGGUGGCGGCGGACCGCCCGGAGCCAGGCAGCAGCACGACAGAUACAAUUCCGGUAGUACAAUCACAGAUCUUGUUAAUAACGUCGACAAACGCAAUAAGCCGGUGGGCAACAACGGCAGGGGCCGGGGGAGUCACCAGACGAACGGGCGACCGUAUCACAGGGGCGGAGGCGCGGAUAGGAACUCGCGCGAACGAACCGCCACCGCCGCCUCCCUGAGAAGUCGCCCUCCUCCCCCAGUUGUCGACUCCGCCGGCGGAGAAGACGCAGACCAAAAGCACUUCGGUGGUCCUCGGGGGGGCCGCGGCGCUGGGCGUCGCGACAACCGAAGGGGUGACGACAGGCGCCGAACGACCGACGACGAGGACACCGUGCUUGAUAGUCAGGAAGUUUCCAGCUUGGAUAGAGAAUCGGUAUCGAGUGUAGAGGCAGUGUCGUGGUCGGGUGGCGGUUCUGAAGGUAGACGUCGGCGUAGAGGAAGGCAGCGCAGUGCAACUCCGUCUCGGCAAAGAGUCGCCAAUAACGGUGGUGACCCAGUGAACAGUCACAUCACCGAAGCGAGUCCGGUAAACGAGAACAGCUUGCACGUGACAGAGAACAACACGUCUAACAAGCCGAGAGGCGUCGGCAACGUCGGCGGCGAAUCGAAGAACCGAAACAACAACGUUCGCCCGCCCGCGUCCCGCCGCAACGAUGCCGCCAAGCCGCCGAAGGAAGCGUUGGUGAACGGAACCGUUGCCUAGAAGUUCGAAUCCCAGUGCCAACAAAUUACCGCACCGGUGUGCGCUUUGAAAUGUAGCCAAGAACAUUUAUUAAUUUUUCUUUAAAUAUAUUUUUUGUUGCAUAUCUUUUCCCGAUGCAGUAGUAAAAGUAAAACAAAAAAGUGGGCGGUCGUCUGCCCCAUCACGGAUGAGACCUGAAAGACUGCUGGGUUCUGUGAACCACACCAUAACACACCUAAUUGUAACGUGCUCAGUGAAGAAUAUAAGAAGUAGGUUGAGUAUCAAAAUGGGUGAAGUUCAGUGCGAUAAACUGUUGUUAAUUUAAACAUGAAAGAUUUGUGACUACUUUUACAAUUUCAUACAAUUUAAAUGUGUUUAUUAGCGCACAUAAUGUCUUGAUAUUUAUUAUAUGAGCGUUUUAUGAGUUUUAUUUAAUUUUAGUAUGUUUGUAUAAUUUAUGUAAUUAAUUUAUUAUUUUUUAUGUUUGUUCUAGUUCAUAGAAAAAAAUUGUAACCAUUUGUAUAUUAUUACAAAAUAGCAUUGAGUAAUGUUUUAUUUUAAAAGUAAUAUUAACUUUAUAAAUGCAGCCUUUCUGAGAAUUUUUAUUCAGUAGCCAUUACAAAGUUUAGUUAGAUGUUUUGUUACACUGUUACGUUUAUCUGCUGUAUAUUGGUAAAACAUUUUGCAUUGAAUAAAAUAUUCAAUACCAAUAUA